AAAUAAACAGGAAACCCUAGCGUAUAGUCGCUGAACAAGUAGAGAAAUUGUGGACGAUUUAGUUUCGAGUGCUUUAUAAAGAAGAAAAUAGACGUUAUUGUGUUUUUUCAGUUGUUUAUAGGCGUGUAGCGAACAUGUCUGAAGGGGAAGCGAAAAAAUUAACAGAUCUAAGAGUUAUAGAUUUAAAGGCGGAAUUGGAAAAAAGGGGACUGGACCGUAAUGGCGUAAAACAAGUAUUAUUCGAUAGAUUGAGCAAGGCCCUUAAAGAUGAGGGAAAUGACCCAGAAACCUUCCUGUUUGAACAUUCUGAAAAGAAGCCACGGUUAUCUAUCCAAGCUGAGGAUGACUUAGACAAAUCUGAAAUAACAGAGGCUGACUCCUCUAUCACAGAGGAAACAAAAACCUCCAACAAAGCAAUGGAUGAUGGAAAAGCUGAAGAUGAUACUAACAAUGAAGUUGACAAGGCUGAAGAGUCAGAUAAAAAGGAAGAAGCUGUUGUUAAAAAAGAUGAGGUAAAAAAUACAAAUGCGGAACAAAAUGCCGAUGACAAUGAUGGUAGUGAGUUGAGGCUUACAUUAGAAGAGGAGGAAACUUUUCAUGAUGAUGAGGCUGAUACAACCACUGACAAAUGCAAUGAAGAAACUGAAGAUGAUAAGACGAAUGAAGCAUCCAAGGGGCAAGACGGCAAAUCCAAUGAAACCGCAUCUACUGGACAAGACGGAUCCAAAGAUGGCAAGGACGCUGGCGAGGCGACUAGCACAGGAAAAUCGGUGGAUGUCAAAGGGAAGGGAAAAGUUUCGACAAAUCAGAACCCAAAGGUGGUGUGGAUAAGCAAUGUGGCGCAAAAUACCAGGGCGAGCCAAUUAAAAGCCGCCCUGUCUGCGUGCGGUAAAGUCACCGGUGCGAAGGUGGUGGUAAAUGCACGCUUUCCAGGCUCCUGUUGCUUCGGAUAUGUGACCAUGGGGUCGGUGGAAGACGCCGACAAUGUUAUAGCCAAGUUGAAUAACACGGAACUUAACGGACAGAUCAUUAAAAUCGACAAGUUCGAUCAUGUUCGCGCAGAACAAAUGAAGCAACUUAAGAUGGGGCCGGCUAAAGCGCAGCAGCAAGACGAUAAACCAGCGAAGAAAGAACCCGAAAAAGACGAGAAAAAAGAGAAGAAAGACGAUGCGAAGGAUAAGCCGAAAUUAGCCGAUAAGAGUCCCAAGAAGGACGAGACGAAGGAGAAAAAGGCUAUGUCGAAAGAGAGAGACGAAUCGAAGGAGAAAAAGGACGAAUCGAAGGAGAAAGAAGCAACGAAAAACGGCGCAGAAGAAAAAUCCAAAUCUUUGGAGCGUGCUGAGAGUCGCGAUCGCGCGCGCAAAACGGCGUCGCGCGAUCGCAAAGUCAUUCGGCGCGACUCGAAGGAACGCAAUCACGACGUGCUGACGUUCGAUAAGAUUCGCGAGGAGCGCGAACGCCAGCGGCUGCGCGAGAAGGAGCGCAUGCUGCGCGAAGUGACGCGCAGGCGGCAGCAAGAGGCGCUGCGCCAGCGCGAAAUCGACCGCAGGCAGCGCGGCGAGGCGCAGCGGUUGGAGAGGGAGCGCGAAAAGUUGCGCAUGGAGCGCGAGAAGAUCGAGCGCGAGAAGGCGGAGUUGAUCAAGAUGGAGCGGGAGAGGCAACGAUUGGAGCGCGAGAAGAUUAAACAGGAAAAAUUGGAGUUGGAGAGGACUCUGAUCAGGUUGGAGGAGGAUAGAAGGGCGGCCAAAAGACCCGCGCCGUUUAGGGAGAAUUACGAUGAGAGAAAGCGACCGGUUCCGGACACCAGGCACUUUAAAGAACCCCCACCGCCGCCAAGGUUCGAUCCUCCACCAAAUAUCAAGCCCAGGGAAGCGAGCCCGAAGAAGUUUGGAAAUUCGAAGGACUUCGGUUCGAGAAUGGCUUAUGAAAAGAAACACGAACCCUCGUACGCUGACAAAAGGGGAAACCCGGGUAGGGACUAUGAGAUGGAACGGAAAGCCCAGAUGGGGUCGAGGCCGAACUCCAGCGGUGGCAACGUGAACAAAUACGAAAGACCGUACGAUAACAGAGGGGGCGAUUCCAGAGGUAGGGAUAUGCCGAUAUCGAGAACAAAAGACAACAGAUAUAUGGAUAACAGAAGCAACGACAGGGAUAGGAGCCCUCACUUUAGAGGAAACUUGAGGGACGAGCGGGACAGAAGGGAAAUGCCGAACAAACCCGAUAUGAUGUCGAGGGACCACCGCUUUUCCGAUUCCAACCCAGGUAAGCCGAGGUUUGACAGAAACAGCCAGGGAAGCGGCGGCAAUUGGAACAGCCAUCCGAAUUCCAAACCUUUUAAUUCAACUUCUAACAACGAUCCGUGGAUGAAGGAUUCAUGGAGGCCUGAUUCUAACAAUGACAGAUGGAAUAAUGGUCCAAGCAGGGGUUCUAUGAACGCCCCCUUUUCAAACAAUUCCAGAAUUGCUCCAGUUUGCCCGCCGCCUCCAGGUUUAAACAAUUACAUGGAUAGAUUUGAGUGAACUUUACACAACACUACAAGUAUCUAUUAACCUAGUUUAUAUCAUAGUUACGUAAUAUGUGAAUGUUUGUUCUUACUACCUUUAUUUUUUAAGGUAAAUUAUGAUUUAUUUGGUAGUUGUUUUUAUUUUCACUGUAAUCAUGUUAAAAUAAGUUUUACAGGUUUUUAUUACCUCACAUCUACCAAACUAACGUUUGUGGAUACUUCUUCACUUUUAUUUUAUUUUAUGCAUACUGUCACAAGAGAUGUAAAUUAUAUUAAUAUCAAUAAAAAAAU